AUGGGUUUCAUGCGUUCUGCCUUCAAGAUGGUACCAGAUCCUACCUGCAUCGUCUUUUUGUUAGCCAGCUUCCUACCAGAGGUGGUAGCUCAAAACCACACCAACAUCACCGGCAGCGCUGCCAUCAGCGACGCUGAGAGAGUUGGCUUCGAGUGGGGAUCUGCGAAGCGCGAUACCUCAAGCUUACAUCAAACUUGUAUACUCACCAUGCUUUCAUGUACCUACCACGUUAUCCAUCUGAACAUAUUCGGCCCCCAGGACACCAUCAAUACUGGCUAUAAACGAAAGCUGAAGUGGAUGUUGGUCACGCUGUGUGCGCCGGAAAUCAUCUGUUCAAUUGCAUUAAGACAGUGGCAAGAGAGUCGGCAGACAGUGAAAGAUAUGGCAGCUAGAGACAGGCAGAUUCGCGAUCGAAGUAAGACAAAUGCGGUAGCGAAAGUAAUUGCACUUGUCCAGACCGGCUGGUUGAUUUGCCAGUGUGUCAUUCGCGCUGCUAACGGUCUGCCCAUCUCCCAACUAGAGAUUGCGACUGUAGCAUUUGCAGCUUGUACAUUUGUGGCGAGUGGGUUUUGGUUCCAUAAACCUCUUAGCGUCGCCUCGUGGACUCCUGUUCAUUACGAGGGAGCUCUCCCCUAUUCAUGGACUCCUCGUUCCAAAGGUUCACUUGCUCGCGAAGCUGCUCAACGAGUGAAAAUGACAACUCGGAUGGUCAAAAGAGGCUGUCAAAAGAGCAUGUUCUUCAACCUUGUGUUCCCUUUCUUCUGCUUUAGCUCGAUAUUUAGCGUCAUUCAUCUUCUUGCUUGGAACUUUAAUUUCGCAACGCCAAGGGAGCAGCUUAUGUGGCGGAUUUGCUGCCUGACCACCACACUUGCUCCCUUCAUGAUAGCAGGAUCUCUGCAGCUGGCCAGCAUUUGGGACCCAGCUGCUCCGGGUGCUAGUACUCAGAAAGUGGCAGCACCAGAAUUUGCGGCUUUGGUCAUCUUGUGCUAUUUCACGUCGCUUCUGGCGUACUUCAUGGCACGUUUAGAUUUGAUGUUUCAAAUAUUCUACUGCCUCCGAUCCAUGCCAGUGGGUAUAUACAGUAGUUCCAUGUCGUGGAUCAAUUACAUUCCACACGCUUGA